ACCAACGUUUUCGCGACGCCAAAUUUCCGGCAGCUUCCUUCAGUUUUCGCGCUCACUAGUCGGUGAAACCGCCGUGGCGGCAGAUUCCUUCACCAUUUUUUUGGCGAGCCCGACAUUGACGGGGCGGACUGGGGCGUGAUCCAAAUCGGAGAAAAGAAGGAAGAAAAAAGACAUACCAGAUCGAUUGAGCGGCCGCAAUAGCAGCAGAGAGGAAACCCCAAGCAAGAAACCCUGAUUGGUCGAGCGGCGCGCCGCAGAUGGAGCUCAGCGACAGCGAGCUGGCGGGGGUGAAGAGCUUCAGAGAGUACAUCGAGUUGAUGGAGAAGAAGGAGGAGGAGAAGGAGGAGCAACUUCGUAAAGACUGGGAGAUUAAGGACAAGCGGACAUAUGGGGAGCAGGAGAUCGAGGAACACCGUGAAGGCAGCAGGUCCUUUUGUUCCUUACUUUCUCCUUCCCCCGUCGCGGCAGAUUCUCAAUAUGGUGUUCCCAGGAAAUCCUUGCAGAUCUUCUCCAUCAAAGUCACCGGCCUAAAAUAUGGUCUCAGCUGGCCACUGCAGGUUUAUGGCUCUGUUGCUUUCAGGAACUCGGUAGAACCUAAAGUAAAUUAUCUCUUCAGAUGCACCAAGGAUAACUGCCAAACCCUCACUCAGAAGGAUCCAUUUUUGCGCUUAACAGGCCCGUCUCGUGCCAUUUGGUUACUUGACAUGGUUUUCAUUGAUGUUCAGUUAAAGGUAAAGUGCAAAAAAGAGUCUGAAGAUGAAGUGCUGACUUACAAAUUUUCGGAUUUCCAUCAACUUUUUCCUUUUGAUCCUUCUAAACAUGUGAUACGAAGACCUAUUCCCUGCAAGCGCUGCACGCUUGAGCUUGAUUUGGCAAUGCUGCCUUCGUCAGUUGAGGCCACUGUGGGUGUCCGAGUUGUCUAUGGGUCAUGGCCUGAUCAGUGUGCGGGGCUGGUUGCUUGCAAUACCGAGAGUGUAAAAGGAGGGCAAGUGGUGCUGCUUGAUUUUCAAGAUGGAAAACUGCCUACCAAGUCUGAUGGUGUGGUUGAGCUUGUGAGGCGUGUUGUCUCUGUAGAUUACCCAGAGGGGAAACUGAUUGUUUCCGUGGAGGCCUCUCGGGAUGGGUUUUCUGCACAAUGUACAGUCGAAUUUGAGAUGCAAGCGUCAGGAAGAAGUACUGACAUGUGUGACCUUAUUUUCUGCAAGAUGGAGGUUACAGUUUGUUGGUCUACUCUUCUUCUGCAAAAUAUCCUUGAUUAACCAGCUGUUGAACAAUUCAUUUAUGUAUUGUGAAAGUUGUGGUACACUCUACAUGCCUAUCCUAGUUGAUUAAUUGUGUUCGCUGA